AUGGAGAAAGCUCUAUCCGACAUGAUAUCAUACGGGAAUUCCAUACGGGAAUUUCUGGUCCAGCUGAAAGACUCAGUUUCCACAAACGUCCUCCUAUUACUCCCAGUAGUUGUUAUGAUAUGGUACCGAUCCAGGUCAGACGGACCAAAGUCUUCCGGAACAACACGCAAGCUUACGGUGGUCGCCAAAGAUGAUUUCCCUCCCAUACAGCCGCUUGAAAAGUUCAACUGGGAGACCACGGAACCUAUACAGCUACGGCCGUACAAACCAAAGUACAACCUUACCAUGGCGCUUGAAACACUCGAGCCCAGCGAACUGAUACCCAUAGACAAGGGAUAUAAAGAUAGGAUCACCGAACGCCGAAGGGUCCUUAAAGAACACCAUGAUAUUGCCUUGGGUAUUCACUCCGCCUCGAGCAAGGGGAAGUUGGAUGUAGAUGACGAAGAGCUUCCCCUGGCCCACGAUGCAAUUUGUGAGUUAUAUGAAUUUGUCAUGGGUAUCUAUCUCCCAAAUAGAUACCCGACGAUGUUUAAAUUGCUCGAAGCCAAGUAUGAAAGCUGCAAGGUGUUCAUGCUUCAGAAUAAGGUUACAGGGGAGGUUUUGCCGGCAACCGUUUCACCCGGUCGUCCGCUGGUAAAUGCAUUGGAAACCCUAGGCAAAACAAUCGACGAGGAUAUGCUCAUUCUUUUACCAACGGGGAGUAGCGGAAAUGAAAGUGACAAGUCAAGGGAGAAGCCUUCGAGCCUUAAGUAUGUUCUGCAGGCGUAUGUGACGUGCUUCCCUUCUGGGUUCAACACUCGCGAGAAACUGGGCAAGCAGUUGAAUGGUGUGCAUGAGCCGGUGCCAGGGUACCGGGAGAAAAUCGAGAAGAGCAUGGAUAGAUACUUUGAAAAGCUAGAGGUCGGGAAAUUCGUGAAACGGGUCAAUUGGAGCAUCACGACGGGAGCAGGGCUGUUCUAUGCAUUUGGAGAUGAGCACUUGGCGACAGGGCAGGGGAUGAAACGGUUACGGCUGGAGCAGCUGGAUAUAGAGGAUGUAAGUGCUAUUGCUUCCUGAUGAUUGAAGUUUUUGGUUUAACCGAUUGAUUAACUAUUGUUUGUUCGUGCAGACAUUCCUGCGCUGCGAGAGGCAGACCCUCUAUCGUUUGCCCAAGUCUGGGGCCAUUGUGUUCUCCAUCCAUACAUAUAGAUAUCCUAUUCGACAACUGAAGGAGGAAGGGUCCGGUGAGGACCUUGCUGCUGCAAUUGAGGGUAUUGAAAACGGAAAUGUUCCGCUGAUGGCUGAGUAUAAGAAAGUUCCUGUCUGGGGUGAAGCUGUCAAGAAAUAUCUAAGAAGUUGAAACGACUCCUACACAGAUAGGCUCAAUAUAAUAUUCCCUAAUGUUUAUGUCAAGUGUGAGGCAGGGGGUAUAUAUUUAUAUCUAAAUCAAAUUUCCUACUAUUUUAUGAUCAAGAUUGUAAAAGUAAAAUACAAUUCGACAACAAUCGAGUAAGAUCACAAAGAAAGAGGAAGAUCUAGAGUGGAGGGCUAUUAAAAGUGAUAAUCAGAAGGUCUUUUGAGAGGAAGAUGCUGUUGAUCGCUUGCUUGCGCAGGGAAGAGGGGAUAUGAUUGGAACAGUGGGAGAGAAGUGAGAUAAAGAGCAAUCCAGUGUGUAAAGAGACGCCUGGGAUAAAAUGUGGUAACCGUAUUGCCCGAAAACAAGGAGUGUCAAAGGAUAUUUGAUGAAGAUCCUUUAGAAGAUGGAGGAAAGGGAGUUGAAUGAGUAGCAGUGGAAGUGAAAUAGGGAGUAUUAAACCACCCAUCAGUUGCACUUUGGGGUAUGUGGUAAAGGAGAGCAAUGCAAUUUAUGGGAUGCAAUGGAGAAGACGAAGAAGAUUGGGAUAUAACAUAGUCAUAAAAAAGGAGUGUAGAGAAAAUGAAAAUAACAAAUGGUAAAAUGAUUCCGGUUCCGGAUCCAGAUCCCCCGCGCGCCGUUGAUAGUAGAUAGGGAAUUAAAAAAAUAAACAUAAAAAAAACUACAGCAAUGAGAUAACUCGUAAAGAAGGAUAGACAGCCCAAACCAGAAAGUGUGAAAACCCUUUCCCGCGUGAGGUAUUGUGAGUGUCUUGAUAUAUCAUGCAAGGCAGAAGUCGCAGGAUCCACGUAAACACGUCGCAUGAUCAUCAGGAACGGAAGCCACAAGGUUUUAGAAGUUUGAGGCAGGGUUGACUGCUCCUGGUUUGUGGUAUUGGUCGAGAGUGGAUUUGAAUGGGCUACUCCCAGGAGCCUCGUGGGUCUGGGAACCCACAGCGGCUCCAGUCUGGAUCAGGUCGUCAUCAUCGUUAUCAGCGUUGGCGUUUCUCUUGCGUCGCAGUCUGAAGAAGACGAUGGCUAGACCACCGAGGAUGAUGGCACCACCAACACCGACACGACACCGAUGAUGGUGUUACGGGUGGUAGGGCUCAUUCCACCGCCACUGCCACCGUUCCCACCG